AUGAGGGCUUCUAAAAUAGCUCUUGUUUGUAGAGCAAUUACUGCUAAAUCUUCUCAUGAACGCGGUAUUUUUACUUCUUCUUUCUCUUUCUCCUGCCACAAAUUUUCAACUGUGCCCAGGACAGAUUCAAUUUGUAUAAAUGAAUUAGAUGAUACUGUUUUCUUGAUUCGUAAAAUGAUGAGAAUGCGGCCACGGCCCUCCGUUUUUGAACUCACCAAACAAUUGCAAGUUAUUGUCAAGAUGAAACAAUACUCCGUCGCCCUUAAACUGUUCGACGAAAUGCGUCAAUGGGGUGCCCCUGUAAAUGUAUACACGAUGAACAUCUUGAUUAAUUGUUGUUGCCAUUUGAGAUGGGUAGACUUCAGUUUUGCUGUCUUUGGCAGCUUCCUUAAGCACGGUUACGAACCAAAUGUUACGACAUUCAACACUCUCUUAAAAGGUCUCUUUUUAGAUGGUAAUGUGGCCGAGGCGGAGAAAUUGUUCAAGAAGAUUUUGACUUUGAAACUCUGUGAGCCAGACGAUGUUACGAUUCUUACUGUGAUUGACGAGCUCUGCAAAGCUGGACGUGUUCAUACUGCCCGUGAUUUGCUUUUGUUGUUGGAAAAGACUAUCUAUAAACCCAGUGUUAAGGCCUAUAGUGCGGUAAUUGAUUGUUUAUGCAAGGGCGGAAUGGUGGAUAAUGCACUCGAGCUCUUGGAACUCGUGGAGAUGUACAUCGGAGAUAGAGAUGAAUCUUUCCUAUGCAUCGUUAUUCGCACUGAUAAGGACAACUUCAAAAUUAAAGGUACAACCUUGCGCGUUCAUGAACCGGCUUCAAACUGGCCAUCUUCCCAGUCACGAUCUAUCGAAAAAUCCAUGCACCUCUCCAAUUUGUCCGAGGAGGCCACUAGGGAAACAAUUGACUCUCUUUCCGGCUCUUCUUCCCGCUCACGAGUCUUGCUGUUGAGGUCCUCACUUCACGACGAAAAAGCUAAACAUGUGGAUUUUAUACUCGCACAUCGUCCUUUCUCAUUCAAGGGAGGCUCGUGGAAGAUUCCACUGUCCAACUUCGGAGAGGUGUCCUUUUACGUCGGCUAUUGGGAGUGGACGGAAGACGUGCUAGGCCAUUAUGCGGACACCCUUCGCCAAGCCAAGAUAUAUGCAGCCGUUCAUGCCUCGCUAUUCACGUACGUCUACAACAAAAAGGUUCUUCGAGCUUUCCUUUAA